AUGAAUCUUCUUAAAGCUGGCACUGGACAAAACCACACUACAUCUUCCUGGCUUGUGAAAUUCAGUUUUCUUUGGCUUCUCAGUCAGCACUGUUGUAGAGCUAGUGCAGUUUGGACAGCUUAUAUGAACAUAUCAUUUCAUGUGGGAAACCACAUGUUGUCAGAGCUGGGGGAGACUGGCAUCUUUGGAAGAAACUCCGUUUUGAAGAAAAUCUCAGGAGUUGUAGUACUGCCUGAGGGAAAAAGUCAAAAUGCAUGUGAUCCCACCACCAACUUCAAAAAGCCAAGGAAUAAAGCAUGGCUGGCACUUAUUGAAAGGGGAGCUUGUACUUUCACACAGAAAAUUAAGGUGGCAAGGGAGAAGGGAGCCAGUGGAGUGAUCAUCUAUAACUUUCCUGGAACUGGUAACCAGAUUUUCCCCAUGUCUCACCAGGCAUUUGGUGACACCGUUGUAGUUAUGAUUGGUAACUUAAAAGGCAUGGAAAUUAUGCAUUUAAUUCAAAAGGGAGUUCAUGUUACAGCCACGGUUGAGGUGGGGAGGAAACACAUCAUCUGGUUGAAUCACUAUUUUGUCUCCUUUAUGAUUGUCACAACUGCUACUUUUGCUUAUUUCACCUUUUAUCAUAUCCGGAGACUCUGGAUAGCAAGGCUUCAGAACAGAAGAUGGCAGCAGUUCACAGCAGAUCUCAAGAAAGCUUUUGGCCAGUUGCAAGUUCGAGUAUUAAAGGAGGGGGAUGAGGAAUUAAAUCCAACUGUGGAUAGUUGUGUCAUUUGCUUUGAACCCUACAAGCUUAAUGAUACAGUUCGUAUCCUUACUUGUAAACAUUUUUUCCACAAGAAUUGUAUUGACCCCUGGAUUCUAGCCCAUGGCACAUGCCCUAUGUGCAAAUGUGACAUUCUGAAAGCUUUGGGGAUUCAAAUGGAUGUUGAAGAUGGAACAGAAUCUUUGCAAGUUCUAAUGUCAGACGACUUGCCUGGAACCCUUUCACCUAUUGAAGAGGAGAUAAAUAGUGAACUUCCUCUUGCAAGACUGUCAGGUAAAGUGAUCCAUGAGCAGCAGCAUUCUACAUCUCAGGAUACUGACAGUCAGCCCAAUGUGGCAGACAAAAUCUGUCAGCCCUCAUCUGGACAGCAUGACCUUUGA